UUCUUCUGUCCUCACAGAUUUCUGAUGAUGAGAAUGCUAGCCAGAAAUGACUCCUUAGUGACUGAAUUUAUUCUUGCUGGAUUAACAGAUCAUCCAGAACUCCAGAAACCCCUCUUUUACCUGUUUCUAAUGAUCUACAUUGUCACCGUGGUGGGCAACCUUGGCUUGAUAACUCUAAUUGGGCUGAAUUCCAACCUUCACACCCCCAUGUAUUAUUUCCUCUUCAAUCUUUCCUUUAUUGAUCUCUUUUACUCUUCUGUUUUCACCCCCAAAAUGCUGAUGAACUUUGUAUCAAAGCAGAAUAUCAUCUCCUAUGUGGGGUGCAUGACCCAGCUGUUUUUCUUUCUCUUCUUUGUCAUCUCUGAGUGCUAUAUGUUGACCUCGAUGGCCUAUGAUCGCUAUGUGGCCAUCUGUAACCCAUUGCUGUAUAAGGUCACCAUGUCCUCUCAGGUCUGUUCUGGGCUGGUGCUUGCUGUAUAUGUGAUGGGAUUUGCUGGAGCCUCUGUCCACACAGGGUGCAUGCUCAGACUGACCUUCUGCAGGGCUAAUAUCAUCAACCAUUACCUGUGUGACAUUCUCCCUCUCCUCCAACUCUCUUGCAUGAGCACCUAUGUCAAUGAGGUGGUAGUUCUCAUUGUGGUGGGGGUUAAUAUCACCGUACCUAGUUUUACCAUCCUAAUUUCUUACAUUUUCAUCCUGACUAGCAUUCUUCACAUCAAAUCCACUCAAGGAAGAUCAAAAGCCUUCAGCACCUGUAGUUCUCACAUCACUGCUAUUUCUCUUUUUUUUGGGUCAGCAGCUUUCAUGUAUCUGAAGUAUUCUUCUCCUGGAUCUAUGGAACAGGGGAAAGUUUCUUCUGUUUUCUAUACUAAUGUGGGGCCCAUGCUCAAUCCCCUGAUCUACAGCUUGAGGAACAAGGAUGUUAAAGUUGCCCUGAGGAAAGCCCUGAUCAAAAUCCAGAGGAGAAACAUAUUCUAA